AUGGUGUUGGACUUGCACCUCAACAGCUUAAGAAAUGCCAGUGUGAGGACAAUGUGGGAAGAUGAUGAAGUUGUUACCGAGGGAGAGAGCAAAACAUAUGUGAAGACCAGAGCCUCGGAGGGCCCAGUUUCUUGUACAGAGCGUGCAAUUACUGUGGCUGAAAUCGAGCCGGUUAUCAAGGACUUCGCCAGUGGAUGGAAAGCGGCUAUAGAGCAGACGAACAAUGACGUCAUAACUUCCUUUAGCAACAUCCUGUGUGGUAUGGAAAUCCUGAGGGCUGCAUUGACUCACCUAUUGCUUUGUUAUACGAGGCUUUCGGAUUGCAUGAAGAGAAUUGGAGGUGGGUCUGGGUUGAACAAGAUGUAUGAAAUUAAAAAGUACUCGAGGACUUUAUGA